ACGCCGUUCCGUGCGUGUCGCGUCACGCCGCUCUGUGCCGGGCCGUGCGUGCCGGGGCCGCAGUGGCGGGUCGGGGCCGGGGCCGCGGCGAUGCUGGAGGAGGCAGGCGAGGUGCUGGAGUCGGUGCUGAAGGCCUCGUGCCUGCCGCUCAGCUUCCUGCUCUUCGUGCCCGCCGUGCUCCUGCUCCUGGGCCCGCCGCCCGCCGCCGAGGCAGCCCACGAGUUCACGGUGUACCGCAUGCAGCAGUACGAGCUGGGCGGGCAGCCCUACGGCACCAGGAGCGCAGUGCUUAACACAGAGGCCCGCACAGUAGAAGCGGAUGUACUCAGCCGCCGCUGUGUCAUGAUGCGGCUGGUGGAUUUCUCGUAUGAGCAGUACCAGAAGGCUCUUCGCCAGUCAGCUGGUGCUGUGGUGAUCAUCUUGCCACGGUCUAUUUCUUCUGUCCCACAGGAUGUUGUAAGGCAAUUCAUGGAGAUAGAGCCAGAAAUGCUUGCUAUGGAAACCAUUGUGCCAGUCUACUUUGCAGUGGAAGAUGAAGAGCUGCUGUCUAUCUAUGAACAAACACGGGCUGCUUCUGCAUCACAAGGAUCUGCCUCAGCUGCAGAAGUUCUGCUGCACACUGCAACUGCCAAUGGCUUCCAGAUGGUGACCAGUGGGGCUCAGAGCAAAGCCAUCAAUGACUGGCUUAUACCCAGCAUAGAGGGAAGGCUGACAGGGCUGGGUGGAGAAGAUCUACCCACUGUUGUGAUAGUUGCGCACUAUGAUUCCUUUGGAGUGGCUCCAUGGCUGUCACACGGUGCUGACUCCAAUGGCAGUGGAAUAUCAGUGCUGCUGGAACUAGCCAGGCUGUUUUCACGGCUCUACACUUACAGACGAACUCAUGCUGGGUAUAACUUGCUGUUCUUUGCAUCUGGAGGUGGCAAGUUUAAUUAUCAAGGAACCAAGCGAUGGCUGGAAGACAAUUUGGACCACACUGAUUCCAGCCUGUUGCAGGACAAUGUAGCAUUUGUUCUCUGCCUUGACACUCUAGGCCGAGGCAAUAGUCUCCAUCUUCAUGUCUCAAAGCCUCCCAAGGAAGGGACCUUACAGCAUGCAUUUCUGAGAGAACUGGAGCUGGUUGUUGCCAGCCAGUUCCCAGAGGUGAAGUUUUCCAUGGUGCACAAGAAGAUAAACUUGGCUGAGGACAUGCUGGCAUGGGAACACGAGCGUUUUGCAAUCCGACGCUUGCCAGCAUUCACCAUCUCCCAUUUGGAGAGUCACCGGGACAGUCUGCGCAACAGCAUCAUGGAUAGGAGGGCACGAGUAGACACUAAGGCACUAACCAGGAAUACUAGGAUCAUUGCUGAGGCUUUGACAAGGGUCAUCUACAACUUGACAGACAAGGGAGCACCUGCAGAUCUGCAGAUCUUCACAGAUCAGAUGCAGAUCCAGCAGGAGCAACUUGAAUCAGUGAUGGACUGGCUGAGCAGUCAGCCCAGGGCUGCUCAGCUGAUUGAUAAAGACAGCACCUUUCUCAGCACCUUAGAAUAUUAUAUGGGUCGCUACCUGAAAGAUGUCAAACAGCAUCAUGUAAAGGCAGACAAACGGGACCCUGAGUUUGUUUUCUAUGACCAGCUGAAACAGGUGAUGAAUGCAUACAGGGUCAAGCCAGCGAUCUUUGACCUCCUCCUGGCUGUCUGUAUUGCAGCCUACCUUGGUGUUGCCUAUGUUGCAGUGCAGCAUUUUGGUCUCCUUUACAAGAUGAUACAGAGAUUAUCCCUUAAAACCAAGCAGCAAUGAAGCAACAAGUCAUGAUCCUUACAGCAGCACUGAGCCAUCGGUGAGCCCAUCAGGAACCUUCUGCCUUCCACUGAAUCCUGCUGUUUCUGUUCCUCUCUCUCCUCUUUACUACUCUAGAGAGGGGAGGAAGGCAGAAAGAAUGAAAUUUCAACUCCUGUGCACCUUUCAGGUGCUUUUCUUCCACUUAUUGCACCAUGCCUGUUUUACUUUGCUUUUUUGCAAGGGAGAAGCUCAGAGACUUCAGAAGUUUGUGCAGGUUGUUUAAACGCUGAACAGCUGAUGCUGAGCAGCUUUUAUGAGGGUAGAACAAAGUCCAGCACCUUCAUGGACACGUGCCGUACAGCCAACUUGGAAGCUGGAACUACAGAGCAGAUGUAUUACCUCUGCCCGGCAAACAAGGACUCAGAGCACUGCUUUAAAAGAAAAGAAAAUGUGCAUAUGCAAAUUAAAGAGAAUACUAUUAGUAUGUUUUCUUAUGGCACCUCUUCCUUAAGUUCACUGCCUGGCUUUAGGAAGGUGUGCUGAGCAAGCAGUAUCUCCAGCAAGCAUCUUUUUGCAUUUUGUUUAGACAGUGCAAUAACUCAUUCCCUUUUCAGAGGUGCACUGUAAACAGUUUUGACUGUUAUAGAGGGAAUGAGGAAAGAGUGUUAAAACGGGUUCCUGCAGUAGGGUUCUUACCAGGACAUAUUGUCCUGCCUCUAUUGGAGGAUGCAUUUUGCUGUAUACUUGAUUUCUCUUAAAGUUUGUCCUUGAACAGUUUGCUGCCACCACUCUGUGCUAAACUCUUGCAUGGUUUUUAAGAGGUGUUCUACAGUCCCAAAUGCUGCAGGACCAUGUUUUGUGGCGUUCCAUGUAUUUAGUCAAGCUAGUUUUAUUAGUAGCAAGAGCAGCACAGUUCCAUCUGAGCUCUGGUCAAUCAUUGUUCCUCAGUUUAUGCUUCCAGAAGGUUCUGGGUUUUGGGCUGUUUUGCUGUGUCCACCUGCAUCUCAGGGUCUCAUUUCACAUUUUUCAGCUCUGUUAUUUCUGAAAACACUGUUCCUGGCCUGCAUGUAUACGCAAAUUUCCAAAGUGCUUGUUGCUGUCUCCUUUCAUACUCUGUCCCUAGUAUGUAAGAAGGGAGGCAGGUCACUUGUCUGUUAGAAAACAAAA